AUGGAGGAGAAAAUCAGAGAAUUGAUGAAUGAAAAGGCCUCACUAGCAGCCAAGACCAUCCGUUACACAUUUAUAAAGACUCCAGCAGCAUCACAGUCCCAGGAGGAUGCGACAGAGACUCAAAGGAAGCUGAAAACUGCAGAACAAAGAAUAAUCAGGUUGGAAGAACAGUUGGAGGGACAUUCAACGCUGCAGACACAAUUCAAUCGCCAGAAAAGGGAGCUUGAAGAGGCAGAAGUCACAAUUCAGAAGUUGAAGGCAGAGUUAUUCACUCGGGAAUAUCCAAAAGAACUUUCGGUAGUGACGAGACGUCUUGAGCAGUUGCAGCAGGAGUCGCCAGUUGCGAACAAAGUCAUCUCAUCCCUUCGUGCAGUUGAAGAAAAGAGGCAUCUUCUUGAAGAGCAAAGGCUUCGUCUGCAGAAACGAUUGGAGGAAAAGGGAGACAGUCCAUUAGUGCAGGAGGAUGUUGAGAUACUGUUUGAAGGUAACAAUUUACCGAUGAUCAGUACUGAGAUGCAGACCAAAGCUCAGGACGUUCAUCAAUUACCAGAUGUUCCACAAAUAACGAUUAAAAUCGAUUCUGAUCUGCCGUUGAGUGAGGACGAUUCGUCCAAUGCAAUCGAUCAUGAGAAUGAGGAUGACUGUGAUUCUACAGAUGCAUUUGACCAUCAGAGUUCGUCAUCAAAAGCUCCAGACAAAGAUGCAUCUCCUUCCCUCCGAGCAUCGAAGAACAUUAACUCGUCUUCACUGAAAUCGAAGAAAACAGAGCCACGAAGAGUCCCUGCAAGCACGACAGGAAAGGAUUCCUUCGUUCGUCCCACGAAUCCAAAGUUCUUCGAGAUUAAUUGGGAUAGAGAGUACAGUUAUCCGUCGAAGGGGCAAUGGGCGUGCAAAAAAUGUCCCCAAAUGUUCACACGUAGUGUACGAAUGCAGGAUCAUGUAUGGAUGAGCGAGCACCUGAUUGAUAGGUUCCAGUGUUCAUCAUCUGGAGACCAUCAGAUACCUCUGAUACGCCAACGACUCGACAUGUCGAAGACCUCGACCCUGAGCACUUCAUCGAAUGACUCUGUCCUUCCCCUUGAACAGGAGUUGAGACUUUUGAAGAGAGAAAUGACAAGCCUCCGUAGCAGAUUAUCUCAGACUGAAGUCAGCCUCAAGAGAAGCAGACAAAUGAGUGAAUGGUCUGACAAUAAGAUGAAUAUUCUCAAGGACCAGCUGCAGAUGGAGACUGGAACAACAGAGCGACUACGACAAGAGCUGAAGAGAAAAAUGGAGACUAUCCAUGCAGCUCAUGCAGCUCAGAUGGUUGUAGAGUUCGAGCUGUCUCAAGUGAAGACCUCAACAAAGGAAAGGGUCAGCGAAUUGACAGCUGAAAAUGCCUUACUAACAGCUCAGGCAGAACAUUCCACAAGUGGAAAAAUUCCAACACCAUCACAGUCCCAGAAGAAUGACAGAGAGACUCAGAGGAAGCUGGAAGCUGCAGAGCAGAGAGUGAUUAGAUUGGAGAAGCAGUUGGAGGAGAAUUCGACACUGCAGAAGGAACUCAAUAUGCAAAAAAUCAAGCACGAGCAAGCCAAAAUCAACAUUAAGGAGUUGAAAGCUAAAAUACUCACCUGUGAAUAUCCAAAAGAGUUUGCAACAAUGAAAACACGUGUUGCACACUUGGAGAGGGAAUUACUUAAAACAAAAGAGAUUGCCUCAUCCCAAUUUGGUGCUGAAGAGGAAAGACGUCUUCUGGGGGAGGAAAUAUGCUGUCUGCCGAAGAAAUUGGACCAGCAAAGCGAAAGUUUUCCAGUGCAGAAGAUCGUUGAGAUGAGGCCUAAUGUCAAUGCAGUACAGAUUCAGCGUGAUGGGAUGGGGAAGACAUCCCAGGAGGCUGGAACAAUACCAGAAACAACGACAACAACUAUCAACAUUGAGCCUGAUUUGCUGUUGAUUUACGAGAAUUCGUCGGAGGCAGGUUGUGACGAGAAAACAAAUCGUUUUAAUUCAGCUUCAAAUACAAAUCAUGAAGUUAUCGCUAGAUCAGGACCUCGAGAUGCAGAUGAAGCUCUUCUCCUGCAAGCAGCGAAGAACAUGGCAGUAGGGAAAUUGACGAAGGCAGAGCCCCAAAAGGCUCGUGAGAAGAUCUCAAGGAUGGUCCCCGCUGCUCGUCCCGCGAAUCCCAAAUUCUUCAAGCUUGAUUGGACUACAGAAUAUCAUAGCAUAGGAGAACGCAAAUGGAAGUGCAGUAAAUGUUCCAAGAUUUCUGGAUCUCAACGAUGCAUGCAGGAUCAUGUAUGGGUUGAACAUUAUGGAGAAAAAUUCCAGUGCACUCAUUGUUCUCAUCUCCUGUCGGAGAGGUACUCCAUCGGUUUGCAUAAUAGGGGAGAGCAUCCAGAGUUGGUGAUGAUCAGACCUAUUAAAAAGGAAAUUGAUUGA